CCAGCAGGUCUCCCUUUUUAAAUUUAUUGGAACCCCCAAAAGUAUUCAACUCUUUUCUGUGUUCUUUAAUAUUGCUUUCUGUUAAUUUCUGUUCGCCUGGUAACCCAAAUCUCGGCUUUGAGCGGCACGAAAUUGAGGGGGUUGUUGUAGUAACUGGAUGUUGUUGUAGUUUGUUGUUGAUGGAUAACUCUGCCAUUUCUCCUCCGAUCUGGUCGUGCGAUGGCUUCCUGUGAUCGUAAGAAAAUCCUUGAUCUGAUAAUGUCCUUGUUGCGAAGGAUAUUUUAUCCCUUAUUUGUGGGCCUUUUUAACAGGAACUAUCCUUUUCAACAUUGCCCGACAGCCGUCCCCAAGAUACUGUCGCAUAUCCCGCUUGAGGCUGGGUCAGUCAGUGGACCCAACAGAUAAUUUUCAAUGAUACAAAAAUAGUGCUUCCAAAUCAAUUUUAUAAAUGUAUGUAUAAUACAUAUUGUAUAUUCGAUUACGCUUUAUGAAAUAUAAACUAUUUUACAAGCCGGGUACUGAUACUUUUGGCAAUGCAGACCGACCUGGUGGUACUUAUAUUCCUCUACUGCUGUCUCGGCGGGGGCAAAUGUGCUGCGAUGAACAGUUGGUGUACAAGAUGACGAACAUAGAGUGCCUUGGGAACCCGGAGCGUGUGCAAAAUUUCUCCCACUAUCUGAAAGCGGUCAACAUGGACUGUUACAUCACUGUACCACUGCGCAAUCCUGUGGUAAGCUGGAAGGAUACAACCUCUGGACCAAAACUGAUCGAUAUCUCUGCCAUGUUCGUGUAUUUCCGUUUUCAGGGUCAUCUGUACGGUCGGAAUGGGUUCUUGGACCCAUCCUUGGUUCCACCCUUUACAAUUGGCUUCUACCAGGUGAGCGGCGUAGUCGUGGAUAGAAAUGCCGCCGCCAGCGAGUACGUGGGCACCGUCAAGUUCUUUUUGCAGGCCAUGGAGGCGGUGAAGAGCAAGAAGAGGCCCACGUCCAAGAAGCAGUGAGAGAACGUCGGCUGUAUGGGGAAUAAAGCUCAAAAUAAACUUUCAACUAAAAAUUAAUCAUUAUUUUGGAUGGAAUAAAAGACAGUUUCGCUUGGAACAUUUACGCUUGUCACGUUUAUUACGAAACAAA